AAAAAAAAAUUGCUACGUUGUUUACAAACAAACAAAAUUGUUUCGUUAAAUCUACGUAGUUUAGUAAUCGUACACCAGCUGCUAAACAGAAACAAAGAAAAGAGAAAUCAGAAAAUGAUUAGCGUUUGAGCAGAGGGGAUUCCAUGAACAGUGGAGGAAUCUGAUCAAAGGCCUCUGCGGACGAGGUUUGGGCGGGAACAUCCGGAGGAGGCAACCAUGUUAUUGGUGGCAUAGGUGGAAACUCAUCCAACGGCGGUGGAAGAGAGAACACUGGCGGCGUUUCGUCUCCAAAUGGUGGCGGAGGUAGCCAUAACGGCGGAGGUUGUGUCUGGCGGCGGAGGAGACGGCACCAAAGGGGGCGGAAACACUAUCACCGGCGGGGGCGGUGAAGGGAAGAAGAAAAAUGGUGGCGGAGAGGGAGGAGGAGGUGAAGGAACGAGCGGUGAAGGAGGAGGUGGUGGUGGUGAUGGAACCAAAGGCGGUGGAGACGGCAUAAGCGGUGGUGGGCAUGGGGACGGCCUUGGAUGCAGUGGUGGUGGGGGUGAUGGAACCAAAGGUGGCGGUAGACGUGGGGAUGGCCUUGGACGCGGUCUCGGACGUGGUGGUGGACGCGGUGGUUGGAAUGGUAGAAAAGGGUUUUCCGGCGAAGGAGUUGUAGGAAAAGGCCAAUGACCACAGGUGUCGAACAAGUAUUGAUACAGAGGAUCGCAGCUUCUGCGUCCGCGAUUACGACUGCUACCACUGCUGCGUCUUCCUCUGUUUGAUUGCUUUUGCUCCUCUACGGUUAAAGCUUCUACGUUAACGUUUGACUUCACUUCAUAGUCUGAUAUGGACUCUGUUGUGUGAAUGAUUAAAAGGAGUAGAGACAACAAAAGUCCAACCACGAGUAGUUGUUUUGCUUUCAUCAUCUCUUUGUGUUCUUU